GAGAAAGACGGAAUUAUACAAGGCCAUGUUUAAGUUUAAGCUGAAUUUUUUAUCAACUUAUGGUGACCAUUAGUCAUUUCAAUCUCAAACAUGACGAACAUAUACAAAUUUAAGCCAUGAAUUUGUUUGAACGUAUUAAACGGAGACGGACUCAUAUUUUAGAGAAUGCGAAUAGUGUUCAAUGUGAUAUUCAUCACGAUAAAAAUGAAUACCUACGACCACCGGAAUGGUUUGAUCCAGAUAAUUUUCGUCGAGCACAGCAGCUAUUCUAUACAUACAAAAGCACAUUCAUAUUGAGCUUUAUUUAUGGUUUGGCGUUGACAUUUUAUAAUCCAGCUGAACUGAUUCCUUUGAUGAGUACGGGUAAAUCGAAAUCGGUGGCUCAUUUGUUUCAAAGAUAUCUAACAACAAUCGAACAUAUCAUUACUUGGUUUGAACAUUAUCCAUUUGAUAAGGAAAGCAAAGCAUACAGAUCGUUGCUAACGGUACGCCAAAUGCAUGGCCAGGUAUCAAGAAAAUUAAAUAAAUUAUCGUCUUCAACUGAACCAUGUUGGAUGAAUCAACAUCGAAUGCACAAUGGGCAAUUUGCAUUUAUUGGUUUGUUUGCCAUCUUUCCCAAACAGCUUGGAUUCAACCUUUUGACCCAACAAGACGUACAUUGUGUGUUUCAUUUUUGGCGUACAAUUGGCCAUUGUCUUGGUAUUGAUGAUACAUUUAAUCUUUGCGCAGGGUCGAAUGUUGAAAUUGUCGAAAUGUGCGAGCAAAUUUUUCGAGAAGAAUGGCUGCCGACGCUUAUGAUGAAAUCCAAUGAUGAAUCGAUAAUUGUCACAGCACGACGGAUGUCUCAGGCCAUAUUCCAAUCGCUCGGUCAACUCGAACCUUUUAUCAAUUACAACGUUAUGAUGAGAUAUGGUUGCCGAUUUGUAUGGUCUACAACGCUAGCACCAGCUAUUGAUGAGGAUGAUAUUCAAUUAAAAAAUUAUCUAUCCAAAGUCCAUUAUGGAUUUACUGUGUUUGCCUAUAGACAUUGUUCACGUUAUAAAUGGUUCCAUUGGCUAGCUUCUAGAUGGUUGGAGUAUCGAUUAAAACAGGCACGACAAUAUGAUCAGCAUUACGUUCGUUGUUUAGAACGGAUAUAUCCAGACCAUAUUGUCGAUGGUGACAUUGUUGCCAAAUUGUUAACUUGUUUUUCAGACUAACCAUGCAUAUCGAAAAGUCAUUGUUCAACUAUUGUUCAACAUUAUAAAUACAAUGGUAAAUAGUAUUAGAUUAAGUACUAUUUGAAUGCCACAAAUUGUGAAUAAAUUCGAUUUUAUUCGUUGAUGUA